UUCUGAUCUAUCAAUUUUUACAUCUGUAAACGUUAUUCUAAAAAUAAUAUAAUUUCCGAUUCAUAGCGCUAACACAUGAUUAAUAAGUUUUAGGGAGAAUUGACGGAGGAUAUUCGGACAGAUUCAAACAGUAAACAGUAAUUAAAAUUCCAAAAUGCCUUCGAUUUAUCAUAUUCGCGAUAUUAGUCCUCAACGGAUGGGCAAAUAUCUCCAAGUCAUGUUGCACGAUAAUGGGAAGGCCCCGAUGUUCAAAGGAACCUGGGACUACAAGAAGUGGGCUAAGGAUAAUGCCCAUAUACUUGAGACUGAAAAACGAAUGCAUCUUAAUAUUCAAAGACUAGCCAAACAUAUGAAAGACGACAAAACCAUUUACACGCUUGGCGAAAAGAAAGGACAAUGGUCAGAUACUGGAAGAGUAAACAAAUACUCACCAAUGGUAAAAGUAGGAAAUUGGCAAGAGCAGAGGGAUGUAGCCGAAGAAGAUCUUAACAGGUUCCUGAGAUUAAGGGAAAGAGGCCAACUAAUGAUACAGAAGACCCGUGAGAUCAUUGGCCAGAACCUGCAACCCAUCUCUAUGGCUCCCAAGAAGGCCGUAAGGUUUGGAGAGAAAGUUCAGCUGAUAGCCCGCCAUGCAAAGACCUUCAGGGAACGAGGAAAGCAAGAAGGUCUCUCACUAUCCUGUGUCCUCACUGGCUAUGCCACAGCUGAGAUGUGCCAGCCGAUCAUACAGGGCACUGUUCUCUCCGCUUCCCCACUCAUCGCUCCUUGUGUUCGCAACGUCUUCCAACUGCUCCCAUGGAAUGAACAAGAAACCAUUGGGGUAAAGUCCGACAACAGACUCAAGUUUGGCCAAGACUUUAUGCUCCGCUACAUAGGCACUCCUGAUUCACAGCCAUAUUACGUAUCCGUGAAUCCGAUCCGGAUUGUUCCGACUGGCAACAACUCUCGGCAUCCCGAAGUGUUUCUUCACUCGAAGAAAUGUUGGGCGAAUGUGUGGAGGGCAUACAACGGAGAUCCAAGCAAGAGGAAGGAGACCAUGGGACAGCCAAUCGCCGGUGGCCAGGAUGUCAUCCUCACUAGUGCCAAUAUUAACAGGUGCCUCUGCUGCGAGACUGAGUGCUGGUUUACUACAUUUUUCGGCCUUGAAUGUGAAGCCACAGCCUAUACAUAUUACAAUGUCUACGGCGCGGAAUCUACAAAUAAUAUUUGGUACUUCAAUUAAAGAAAUGUUGUAUUUUAACAAGAUCUUAUUCAUUUCUUCAUAUCAUAAAACAUUUUGUAGUGAGAAA